GCGUGUUGAUCAUGCCCUGGAGCGAAAUGUGCCGCCAAAGUUCUAAGCGCUCGUAUCGCAGUAGACCGCCUAUUCGAGUGCCGCUGGGUGUCCGGUUGGAGCACAGACGUCAUGUACUGAUAGUCGGUGAAAUGAGAAGCUGCAGUUUGCAAAGAGCGUCACUCUGAUAAGUAUGGAUCCGCCGGAAGAGUGUCGCCCAGCUGUCCCAAUGCUGUGGAACGCGAACAACCCUCAAACCUCGCCGUUCGUCGCGAACGUAACUGUCAACCCGUUCCGUAGCAUGUCUGGGCCUACAGGGAGAGGGCGUGAGUGCGGACCGGGCCUAAACGUUGAUGCGUCUACCGCCGAUACGCUCCCAGCAGACCAUUGGUUCGACGAGAGCUGGCUGCCCUAUGAGCAACUCGAAGAUCUGUGAAAAGGAACAACUAGUCGGAGGCCGUGGAAGCAGAAACGAGUAUGUCGCGCGGCAUGCGUCUACCAUACCGUGGAGCGGGGCGGGUAUCAGCACAUGGGCCUCCCGGGACGCGGGUCCGGAGCGCCUGCGCCUUCCCGACGCGGUCCUCUGCCUAUGGAAUCGAGGUUCAUCAACCCGUUCGAGGCGGCUCGGGACAGGGACCACAUCACGGCUUUCAUCUCGGGCAUAUAGGAGGUGAAAUUGGUGGAGCGUACCUUCAUGUCCUUAGACCACGAAUAGGACAAUGAGGCUGCCGGUUAAUGAAACGUGAGACGAGUGUGGCGGACUCGCACAUGCCGAUUGCCGAGUAUAGGUUUGCUUUAGGCCUUUUAUUUUCAUGUGAUGGUGCCGAUCAGUGGAGUUGGCGAGUUCAGGUGAAUCAAGCGGCGCGUCCUGCUGGGUGAAUCGAAGAGCAUCGUAGCUCGAUGUGCAAUUCCGUGUCAUCGUGAUGUCU